AUGAUAGAGUUGGUACUCACUUUUCAUAAGCCUACCAAUGAAGUGUUAGAUCAGUAUGAGAAAAAACAAUCUAUUUCUUAUUUUAGACAAGGAGAAGCCUGUAACCAUAUCGGAGCUUUAUUACAUGCCCUUGUGGACAUAGCUACCAAUAAGAAACGUGGGACCUUGGCACCAACUGCCAUGAAAUGCAAGUGGAAUAAUCCAAGAAAACGAAAACAGAGCCCUAAGAAAGCUGAACAACUGUCAUUUGGAAAAAACCUUAGCGAUAGUUUUUCAAGUGUAGCAGGUGAUACAACUGCAAAGCCCUUUGAGGCUACUGUAAAUUUAGUACGUUUCAAAGAAAGAUUAUGCAAAAGAGAUUCAAAUGCAGGGUGGCUAACUAAUUCUGAGAAAGUCAGCAAACUUGAUAACACUCCAGACCAGGGUGUCUCUGCGACGACACAAGUGCCUAAUAUUAUUAAAGACAACAUUGACUUUCAAUUUCACGACAGCACUAAUUUAGAUACUGAAUCUGUCAAGGAAUUCUUUGACAAAUUCUUGAAUAAUUUAAAGAUUAGUGAGGAACAGUGUGUUCAAGUUGAACUUAUUUCCAGGGGACAAAACAAAAACAGAACAUGGAAAGAACAAAGGAAGGGUCGAAUUACCAGUUCUAGUUUUGGUCAUGUCUUUGUUCGUAAAGACACGACUCCACCGGACAACCUUGUAAAACAAGUAAUGGGGUAUAACAACGAAUUUAAAAAUAGCCAUAUCUCCUGGGGUAUAAGUCAUGAGCCUGCUGUUCGACGAUUGUACACAAAAAGGAUACAGGCAGUUCACCCCAAUACAAGUGUGAAGGAUUGUGGAUUGAUUAUUAAUCCCUCCUAUCCAUAUCUUGGUGCAAGCCCAGAUGGAUUAGUUGAUAUACCUAACUUUCCAGACGGACCAGGAUUGCUUGAAAUCAAAUGUCCAUCAAGUGACAAAUGGAAACGGUUAUCCCCUCAUGAAUGUGUAAAAGACAGUUCUUUCUUUUGUUCUGUUAAAGACAAUGAAGUUGUGCUGAAAAGACAUCACUCCUAUUUUUAUCAAGUGCAAGGGCAGAUGGCAUUAACUGGAAGAAAAUGGUGUGAUUUUGUAGUUUGGACCCUUAAACAUCCAAUGUCAGUGGAGAGGAUCUACUUUGAUGGGAACUUGUGGCUAACAAUUGUGGAAAAACUGAAAAUAUUCUAUCUUAGAGGUGUUCUGCCAGAAGUAUUCUCCAGUCAAGUAAAGCGAGAUAUCCCACUUUAUGCAAGCUAG